UUUAUGAUUGUGAUUGGUUCACUCGAAGUUAUUUUAAAGAAGAAUUAGAUAUUGAUCAACCCGAUCCAAUCAAAGUAAUAGAAGUUAAUGAUUCAGAUUUUUCAAAUAGGGCUAAGGUGAUAAAUUUAACAAAAUUUGACUAAAGAUAAUUUCAUUUUGUAUUUUUACAAACUCAGACAAUACCACCGUAUACGGGAAUUGGCGAUCCAGACGAUACAAGACAGAACUGCUUGUCCCUAAUGCCAAAACCACCUAGAACUUAUGACUUUGUCACAUAUGUUCUAAACUCGGAUAAGAAAUUACGAUUCAAAUUGAAAUUAAUGGGGAUAAGAGAAGAUGAUAAAUUUCGUGAAUUUAUAAUGACGUUUUGUCUUGGUAACGACCAUAUUACAAUACAAGAAAUAGCUUCUGGGAAAAAUAGUGGGUUUGGUAAAGGUAAGUUUAUGUCAUCUAUUCGACUUCGUAAACCAGGCACCAGUGUUGAUGAUCAAAAAUUUUAUGGGACCAAAGAUUUUGCACUUGGAGCACAGAUACAUGUUAGAGGAAUAGUGUUUAUUAUUACUGGUUUAGACUUAUGGACUUACAACUACAUGAAUGAUCAUCCAGAAAUGUUCACCAAGGAAGCUAUCGAAGGAGCCCAAAAAUAUAUCGAAGAUGAAGGCUUAUUGAAUAAACAAGAAACUACUACGAUUGAGAAUGUCAAUAAAAAUUUAGAUGUCGAUGAUACUAAAAAUUUAUUUGGAAAAGAAGUAGUUGUUGAAAAAAUUGAUUAAGAAUUUAAAUUUACGAUCUCUAUAAAUUUUAUUUUUUUUAACGUUUUUUUAUUUUAUUUGAAUUAAUUGCAUUACUAAAAAACCCUUAUUGUUGAUAUUAAAGACACCUGGCAGUUGGAAUUUAAUUUUUGUAUUUCAAAGAAAGAUAAAUAGUACACUUGUGUCUAAUAUCCUUAAUACUGGAUAAAAAAUUAGUUGACGUUUGACUUAAACAUUUAUAGUAAAUGGUUUAUUUUUGAAUAAUAAUAUAUCCUUAAUUAUUUUCAUGGGAUCUUAAAAACAUUUCAAUCCUAAGUCAUUAAUUACCUCCUAGAAGUGCCAAGUUUUCUUGAAUCUCUAUUGCACAUUGUGUAGGACGGUUCGUGACCAAUUUUUACGCGUUUUGCCAAAAGUUUUGGAAACAAUAUAUGCUUUUCAUAUCUAUAAUAAUAAUCAAAUGGAAAUAUUAAUACAACAGUUAAUACAAUAUUUUUCAAUACUAACAGUUGGUAUAUCGGUUACUGAUAUAUUUAUAUACAUAUAUUAGUAAUUUAAGUUUAAACGUUUAUUAUUAUAUUGUCAUAUUGAUUAAAGAGACAUAAAUUCAAUAAAUAUUACCUGUAAACAUCAUUGUAUGUAUUUCCAUAUGUGAAUACUCCAAGAAGGGAAGAAUGAGCAUGUACAUCUAUAACUAAAUCUAAUUCCAUUUUCUAGAAAAAUAAAUUGAAAUUUCACUGUUAAAUAAUGAGCAUAUUUGAAUCUAUAACUCUAUUUCACGUGAUCUACAUGACUAUUACCAAUUAUUCAACUCUGCCUUGGUGUAUUACAGUAUUUGAAAUACAUAGUUAUAUUUAUUUUGUUAAAUUAUCUUAAUCUAGUGUUUAUGUGUCUCAAUGAAUGAUACAUCUUUAUUUUUUGUAAAUUCUGUAAGUACAUUUAUUACUAUCUUCUUAUCACUUAUAUAUAUAUAUAUAACAUAUUUUAUA